AAUAAAUCUGCUUUAAAAUGGCAAUGCAUGUUAGCGCACUUGAUCGCUAUAGAAACGGUAGCUUUUCUGAGGCCUCCUAUGACCAUAAAGAUGAGGAUAACUACAACACGCAAAAAGUGGCUGAUUACUACUAUAACGAUGAAGAGGUUGAUCAAGAAAAUGGGGAGCAAGACUACUAUUCCACUCCUGUUGAGAAUGAUCACUAUGGUUACCCACAAGAAGAGCCUGCUCAUGACAAGUCUCCCUAUGAUUACCCAGCUGAACCUGAAGAGAAAGAAACUCCUUCUUACCCAGUAAUGCAAGAGGAACAGAAGGAGACCGGAGGAUCUCUCGAAGAGAACAAAGUCGCUCCUAUGGCUAGCAGCGGCAACAAAUCAAAUGACAUUACCAGACCGAUCAUCGAGUACGACCCGAAUGCUAAAAUUACGGUCUCUGAGCCAAAGAAACAAUCUAGUGGUGUAGUUGGAAACCACACUGAGUACAGGGUCAAGGGGAACAACUCUGCAGGAGAUUUCGAUGAGAACAGAAGAUAUAAGGAAUUCUACAGUCUUAGAAAUCUUCUUAGUCAGAACUGGCCUGGGUUCUUCAUUCCUGCUAUUCCCCCAAAAGUAAAGAUCGGGAAUAUGGACAGCGCUGUAGUACAAGAAAGAUGAUAUCUAUUCAAUAGGUUCAUGAAGGAAAUCUCUGAGACACCCCAUUUCUGGGAAUCUGACGAAGUAAAGACGUUUAUCAAGCCCAAUAUGGGAGUUGGUCAAGCUCUCUCCCUUAUAGCUGCUCCCACUGCUGAAAGUAUUUUCGAAAGAGUUGUCAACACCACUGGAAUUAAUCACGAAGACAUUGAUGAUAGUAAAGUAAACAGAUAUACAGACUCUAUCAGAGAGUUUGUGCUCAGCAGUAAGGACAUCUUCCCCCUCUUGGCCAAAUUUAAAAACUGCAUUACCCAACUAGAGAAGCAGAGAAGGUACCAGCUGGAUGCCUACAAAGAGUUCUCUGAGUUCUUAAGCCAAUAUGAAAGUACAACUAUGAAUAUUUACUCAAGCGAGUCUAUUCAGGGACAUUACAAGAUGAUCUCAGAUACUGACAACAACACUAUGAGGGCCCAGAUCGAAGCUCUAUCCGAAAAGAUCGAUAACCCCUUCAUUAGAUUUAAAUACUGGGUCAAGGAAGAAAUCAUCGAUCUACAUUCUCUUCUUCAAGCUAUCGGUCAGAAGAACUCGCUCGAGAGUAAGAAGCAUAAGCUCCAAGCAAAGAUUAAGACAGCUAAUUCCGAACUAGAGAAGCUAAACUCUGGUAAAAAGACGUUCAAGACACUAUUUAAGUCCCAAUCCGGCAAGGCGAGUGCUAUCACGAACUUGACCACGUUCAUCGCACAGGCUGAAAAAGACAUAGAAGUUUACGAUAAAUUAGUCAAGGUCGUAACAGUCCAUCUCUACGAAAGAGUGAUCCCCACUUUCAAAUCGACCAAAGUGAAAGGCUAUGUGUCCAGUCUAAAAGAGUUCUCAGACUCUGAGAGCAAGAACUCGAAUGAGCUGUACAGGUGUUGGAGCUCAGUGCUGCAACAAAUCCAGCAAACAUUUGAAAGAUCCUCCUAA